UGUAGGUCUCUAUACUCCGAUGACAGUGACCAUUGCUUUAUAGAAUAGACUAUUUUUAAAGGGAGUGUACUGGAUGCUGUGUUGGUUGCUGGACUGAUCAGUAAUCAUCUAUGUUAAUGCGGGAGGUGAAUAUUGAUUAGAAGAAAGCCUCGGCUGUACUUCCUAGAAUGGAUGCGUGAAGUAUGAGCAACGAGCGCCAUUGACGAAUAUAUAAACCAAGGCCAAACAUACUAUUCAACCACUACUCCAAUCCAAAUAAAACAGCAAUCAACAUCACCAACAAUGGCCCCCAACCACGCCUACCAGCCCAUCAUAGUCUCGAGCGACGACCUCCCAACCGCCCGCAAACGACGCACCAUCUACCUGCGUCCCUUCCUCCUCUUCUGGCUAAACUCCCUCUUCGUCGAAAUCGUCUUCCUUGCCGUCGGCGUCUUCAUUAUGACCGGAACGCGCGAUCUCUUCUACAAAGUCAUGUGGACGCUCGUUUUCUGUCCGCUGGGCAUGGGCGGCGCAAUGGGCGGCCUGAUCAACACCUUCAUCGUGGACCACUACUACGGCAGGAAGGCAGCCCACUUUACCGGGAUCUUGUCAUUGCUGAUCCUCAGCGCUUGCAACUAUCUUUGCUACAACCUGGAUAGGCAUUUUGGGUGGUUUGGGGCUAAUGACCAUCCGAUGUGGUUUCAUUGGCGGUAUCCGAUGAUUUGGGGGGUUGGGUAUGUAAAUGGAAUGCUUAUGUUUACGGACCAGGGGCAGGAGAGACUUGCGAGGGUGGGGUUGUAG